AGGUGUCCUUUUUCCUGACGAACAAAACACCACUACCACCACCUCCGAUAUUUCCUUUAAAUCACAUUUUAGUAAUACAUGUAAAGUUGCUGGCUAGUGAUUAGAUGGUUGACACACGUGCAGUCGACGCACUCCGAACCUAAACUCUCCACGGUAAUUACCAAUUUUAAAACAAUUAAAAAUAAUUUCAUGUAAAAGUAAAUUUGGUUCAUGCAAAUCUCUGCAUAAUGUAAAUGUAACUACAUUAUGAGCAACACCUGCUCAUCCUCCGUGUAACACUUAUUUCAUUUUACAAAUUUGAAUUUAACUCGGUGCAGAACUCACUCGAGAGCCGACUCCUAACGUCAACAUGUGGCGGCGUCGGCAAGUCUCUCUCUUACUCCCCAUGUUGGUUGUUGUUGCUGCUGCCAGCGGCAAUACCCCGCCCAGCUCAAUUUUAGAUUGUGGUGAAUCUUGUGGGCAAGAUGGUAACAACUUGUGUAUACCAAGUCAACAAUGUAAGAUGAAGGUGUCUGUAAAGCCUGGUGAGGAGUGCCAGGCACCAUGCACCUGCUGCAGGUUACGACCAGCAUGCACAACUCACACUACCAAGUCGUGUUCGAGGUAUCAAGGAGGUCAGUGUAAAAGUAGCUGUAAACUGAACGAACGUGUGACUGCUGGUAAGUGUAAGGAAGGAAGUACCUGCCAGUGUUGUGCCGAACCGUGUAAGGCAAAGAAGCUCUGCACCAAUGCCCAAGGUUUUUGUGUUCAAGACAGGAAGGACUGUGCCAGUGGCAAAAUAAAGACGAAAGGCUGUAAGGGGUAUGGAUGCCUUUGUUGCAUCCCAAAAUCAUGUACCUCUUACACUACCACAUCGUGUUUGAUGUACGAGGGAGGUCACUGCAAAAGCAGCUGUGGACAGAAUGAACGUGUGACUUCCGCCAUUUGUAACGAGGGAAAUACCUGCAAAUGUUGCGCCAAGCCAUGUAAAUCGAAAAAGUUAUGUACUCAGGUCAAUGGCUUCUGUGUUCAAGACAAAAAUGACUGUGGUAAUGGCACACUAAACAUGAGAGGCUGUCAAGGCUAUGGAUGCCUGUGUUGCAUUCCAAAAAGGGGACUUGUAACAACUGCUAAAUUAUCAUUGCUAACAACAGCUGUAAGAACAGUAACGAUCCCACCAACACCACCAAAACAACCAACGACAACAGAAAUAACAAUAAUAACGCAGAUACCAUCAUCAACCGAAGGAGAAUCAAAAGAAGAACUAACAACAGAAGAGGCAACAACAGACGCCCCGUCAACAGUCUCACUAUCAACGAAAGUACUAUCAACAGACGUACAAUCAGAGGUACCAUAUACAAUAGUUUCAACAGAAAUACCAUCAAAAGCAUCAUCAACCGAAUUGCCUACAGCAGAAGUAAUAACAGAAAAAGACUCGUCAACAGAAGUAACAAUAGAUAUACCACAAACAGAAAAUUUAACAACAGAGUAUGUAACAAAUGUGCCAUCAGCAGUAGAACCAUCAACUGAAAUCACAAUCAAUAGAAGAAAUAACAGAAAUAUUAUCAAAAGAAGUACAAUCAAUAGAAAUGCCUUCAACAGAAGUACAGUCAACUGUAGUAUUAAUAACAGUAACACCAACAACAGAAGUGCAGUUAACAGCAGAAACAACAGAAGUGCAGUCAAAAGAAACAGAAGUACAGCCAACAGAAGAAACAGAAGUGAACUCAACAGAAAAAAACGAAGUGAACUCAGCAGAAGAAACAACAGAAGCGAACUCAGCAGAAAAAACAGAAGUAACGACAAUAGAAGUAAUCACCGAAGUACCAACAGAAGCACCCUCAAUAUAUGUAGCAACAGCAGAAGAAUGAAUAACAGAAUAUCAACAGACGUACCAACAUCAGUAGCAACAACAGAAGUGCCAAUAAGAGAAGUAUUAACAAAAACAUCAAUAAAAGAAGCAGCAACAGGAUCGAAAACAAAAGUACAUCAACAAAAGUGCCACAAACGGAAGCACCAUUAGCAGAAGCAACACCACUACUAAUAAUAACAUAAUAGUCACCACUGCCAUCUCCAUCACCAACAUCACACCACAACCAAGGGUCACCACUAUCACCACCUUUGAAGAUUUUUUCCAAGCUUCAGUUUGGGGAGUUUCAAGUUUCACCAACGGUGCAUUUAAGGAUAUUUACAUUAAAAAUAAAGCAAUAGAAAAUAACUGCCAUAAUUAGGAGAUUCUAAUAUUCAUGGAGAAGCGCAAAAUCAUAGAGGUCAUACAGCACCUGGGACUGUGAGGUAGUCAGGUUUGAUUGAAGGAUGGGAAGGGUAGGUUCAUUUCCUAAGGCACCUGACCUGCAGUCACGUACAAUGUUCGUAUGGCAGACACUGUAUACUAAACAAUACCCGCACUAUGGGUUAUCAGUGUAUUGUAUACAACACAUUUACAGACAACGUAAACACAAAUAGUUCACAAUACUGUUGUUCUUGCAUACGUACACAGGCCCUGGGCGCCUCCCUUGAAAAUAACCGCACACUUGUAAGAGAUAUUUAAUGACUGAGAGCAAAGAAAAAAAAAGUUUAGUUUCUUAUAAUGUAAAUGCUAUUAUUUUUGAAACCUGAUAUUAUAGAAUGUGAAGGCUGAGUUACUCAGCCCUGUAACAACUUCAGUCAGUAUUACCAAGGCUGGCUCCUCUCAGGAAAAUUAAUGAAUAGAAAAAGAAAUAAUUCACAAAGAUAAACAAUUUAUUAUUUAGUAAUGCAAAGAUAAAACAUUGAAACAUGAAGGUGUAUCCUACUUUAAAGAAAAAUGAAAAAUGAAAUGGAAAAUUGACAUUCGAAUUCAACGCUAAUAUGUACAGUUAUACUGGGGUGUCUGGUUGAGGUUGACACUGUCUUGUAGAAAUUGUAGCAGUUGCUGAUGAUGUGGGGGGAAGGUCACAGGUGUUUAGUGACAACCCAACUACUAGUUCUUCACAGAGUCUAUAGCCUUGAAUAGUCAGUCCAGGUGACAAGGAACGCAGGCUCUUUACCACUGCAAAGAUGAGGGGUAGUGUCCUGUACAAUUAAUCAGGUAAGUAGAUCAUAAAGUGACGUCCCAAGACCGGUUUCAGUCCGUCUCCUUCAACACUUCUCGUUGGUUGGCAGGUGACCCGAGCUGUCAUUCCAAGCUGGAAAGAGACAGGUUACCCACUGCUUAAGAAAUCAUACCCCCGGCCGGGAUUGAACCCGCGGUCAUAGAGUCUCAAAUCACUCUCCAUGAUAAGUGUAAGAUACUUAAAAAAGGUGGUGAUUAUCUAAAAGUCUCAUGUGGAGCUUAAAACUGAAAGGACUAAUUUUAUUAUUGGUCAAAAGUGAAGUUUUCAACCAAUAUCCACUAGAAUAGGAGCAGAGGCUUUUACUUACAGUUGUGCUGGGAGCUGUGAGUCGAGUGAUUACUGUUUGGCCGGAGCCCCACACGUCACCUUUCGGGGUGGGGAAAAAGGAGGGGGGGGGGGGAUAGCCGGAGCUAGACUGACCCUACCUUAACAAGUAGCCGGCAAUCAAACUAUCGUUACCAUAUACUCGCUCGCUACCCCUAUCUGUUGAACUUUUCCCUCACAUAGAAAAAUACAUUAUACACGAUUCCUUCAACAUCUCAUAAAAUUGUACUAAUAUAUUUAUAUACCAUGGAUGCCAUUUACAGAAUCUGUUUUGCAUAUUUUAUCUUGUAUUAGAAAAGCCUAGCUUCUCCCUACGAGCCCCGUCUUAGGUCUUAGACGCUCCCAAAACAGGGAGCCGAGGCCGGGUCACCAUCUGGAUAAAACCCAGGCGGGAGAGUACCGGCGAAUCGAGGAGAAAUAUAUUAUUUGCAUAACAAAGAUGUUAAUUAUUUAUUAGAGUUUGACUUGAAAUAAUUAGAAAUAUAUUUUAUUCGGUACAUUUCAAUGUUUAUAAGUUGCGUGAGCUAUUACUGCACGGUAUAUACACUGUUGUUAAUAAAGACACAAAGCAGCAACUGAAAACUUUAUUAAGACAAUGUUUCGCAUGUAUAGUAGGCUUUAUAAAAGCCAAUGUUGUUUGUAUCCAUUAGCUACACUUUAUUGGUAUUCCCAA